AUGAGGGCGUUGAAAAGUGGAGUGAGUGGUGUGGCGGGGAGUGAGUUAUUGUUGGUGUUGAUGUGUCCGGAUGGGAGUCGUGCUGAAUUGGAUGAUUGUGUUGCACGUGUGGUGACAUUACGUGUUGGUGGUGGCGAUGUGAAGGCGCUGGUUUUGGCGCCUAAGAGUGCGUUUGAGAUUGAGUUGGAUGGCGAGGAGACGUUGUUGGAGACGGUGGUGGUGGAAGGUGCUGAUUACAACUGGUUCGGCUACUGGCACCGUUUGAUGGUAUGGUGGCCUAAGGGGGGACCGCCUGUUAACAAGCGAGCAGAGGCAGCGCUGUUGGCCACGUUGCGUCGCCGGAUGGCGCGGCGCGGAACGUGGGGCGACUCGAAGUCGGCGAUGGCAGUAGAUGAGUUGUGCACUGAGGUCUUCGGCAGCCGCUUGAUCGCCACGCUCUCUGCCAUGGCGGCCGCCCUGAACGACGGCGUCAAAACCGAGGUAACCCUGGGCGAGGCGGGGUACGAAAUACCGGGGGAAACAGAGCACCUGGGAGACCCGGACGACGUCGCGGUGUUUCUCACACGACCGGUGAACUCUCGGGAACUGCAGGAGCUCUUGCCGAUGGUGCCGGCGGCCUGGAUGCCCGUGCUGGAAAGGUCGGCCGUGCUGGAGGAAAUUCCUGGUAACAAUCUCCCCGCUACGGACCUGCCCGCUACGGACCUGCCCGACGUGGGUCUGCCCGACGUGGGCCUACCCGACGCGGACCUGCCCGACGCGGACCUGCCCGACGUGGGCCUGCCCGACGCGGGCCUGCUGGCCACGAACCUGCCCGACCGGGACCUGGAGGCAGCAAGGCCGCGCUCGUGCUUCCGUCGGCCCGAUUGGCAGUUCAUGGUGAUGGGAGGCGUCGUGGCGUGUACCAUCACUGGCGUGAUGUUCCUUCGGUUGUUCCGUGGCCCGCAGCCGCCGCCGCCGCCGCGUUUGAGUUCGGCGUGCCCCGCUGCCGGUGACCCGCGUACGGCGCUCUUCUGGACGAAGGGAGGCCGCACGCCGCAAGUGACUUGCGGCGACGGUGUCCUUGUCUGCCGCCAUAGGUCCCUCCCCACACGAUGCAGAGAAUUCGGUAGCCCCUGGGCCGUUCCCUUCCCUCGCGUGUGGCAGGAUACCAAAAAGUUACCUUUCGACCGAUGCUCCGUCCGAUGCAACAGCCCCGAAGAAACAAGCAUCUCUAUCGCCUCACGACUCCUCGCAGUCUUCCCUUCACACAUAAACGACUCAGAGUAUGCUCGCAGUGAACAGGGCGCACAAGAGAUCCUCAAUGGGCUCUAUCUCCACACCAACUGCUCAGGCUCCGCCUCCUCGUGGGAGGAGGUCAGUAGCCGACCAUACUGCCGCUGCGACAUGGCCGACGUCACCUGCGAGGUCAUGACCACAAGUCACAAAGCAAGACAUAAUGUCACGCUCACCGACUUGAACACCGCCACGUCCGAGGUGUCCAAUGCUUUCGAAGAAUACCGCGACUUCGGCUACAACGUCAACGGCUGUGCUUAUCGGUGCUUCCGCUGGAUAGCGCCAGGGAAGAAGACUACCCGGAGCAGGGUUACAACUGCAGUCAUGAGUCCACUACCGAGUGCAACUUAG